GGAGGGUCCAAACUCUACAAUAUUUUCUACUCAACUGAGGGGUCUGCUGUUCAUGGGGUGUAUUUCUCAAGGAUCUGAAACAGUGCUGAUGCUCAUGGAAAGGAGUGAUCGGGGGGAAGGUGGCGCCGAACUGGAGGAGGGCCUCCUCUCCGCCAAGGGUCCGCCCCACCACCCCCUGCAGAGUGUCACCGCCAAGCAGCCGCACCUGCCCUGGUGGUUCACCCUCCUGGAGAGCCUCUUCCUCUUCUUCCUGGUGAAGCUGCUCCAGCUGUAGCUCCAGCUGUAGCGCGCUUUUGGGCCUGGCGCUGGAAAAUCGCUGACAAAUGUUUCCGUCAAAACACAGAAAAAGUUUUCAUUUUGUUUUGUUAGAGUCCAGGCCGAAUAAAACUAAAAGGUGGCACAGUGGUAUCGAAAUGUAUAGAAAAUUAUGGCAGUAAUAGCUAAAAAUUCAAAAGAAUUACAUUUUUGUUCAAGCAGUUUUUUAUUGAAUUAAAAUACAUAAUAAAUAUUAUAUGUGAAGUAGCAUUU